AUGUCUGGCAGAAAACCACAAAGCAAAAAUCAAAUAUUUAAGCGUAAGAAGCUGCAGAAUGCGCGCAACAUUCGCGCCGAAGCGCUCGAUGCCUCUGGCAAUGCACCUACAGAACUUUCGGAGGGAGGAGCGAUGCUCAAGGUCCCAGAGUUUAUGGCCUCACGCGAAUAUGAGGUAAAACAGCUGCAGUCUGCUAUUCAUAACUCAAAAAGUGCCUCGUCCACACGGGUAUUUCAGAGCCUGCCUCGCAAGCUCCGUCGCAGAACCGCAUCGCAUAAUGUUAAGCGUAUACCCAAGCGCAUGCGCAACCGCGCGCUCCGUGAGAUGAAGAAAAGCGAUCAGGUAGUCACUAAGGGCACGAAAGAUGGCGCCAGUCGUUACAAACGUGGACUCACCGCGAAGCAACUUUACAAAGCCCGCAUGGCAGUGAAGCUGCUGCGAUUGGCAGCCAAAUCGCAGUCCAUGAAGCUAGCACUGCCGCCACAAGUUACUGCUUCUAAUUGUAAACUACGCGCACGUAUCAAAGCUAUGCAAAGUACCCUCAAAGAAAAUCGAAAAGGUCACAGAGCAUCCGAGAGGAACAACCCCAUGGGCAGCUACGACAACACCGGAAUUAACGAGCUUGCAUCCAAAUCAAUUGGUCGGGUAAAGUACAUGAAACGUCAAAAAAAUUUCACCUGGCUUCCCACUCAUGUUUGGAACGCAAAACGCUCUCAUAUGUGUAAGAGAUGGGGCUACCAAAUUCCUUGGUCGCCCACUCAGAAAUGCUUCAAACUCACACAUCGCAUUGGAGGAUACUCUGCGGCAUCAGAUGGAUCUAUGUGCUGUGAUACAAGCUAUAUUGGUACAAUGAUACUUUUCUCACCGGACGCUGGGUUCCUCAAAUCCGUGAUCGCACAACUCACUUGUAAUCGUGCAUCUCUCAGUAAAUACCGAAACAGCCAGUAUUGGUUUGAAGGGCUGGUUUAUGAUACUGAAGGAACACCACUUGGUCCAAUUGACUUGCUGUGGGCCUCUGUUGAGAAGGUCAUUGUUAGAUUACACCCCGCCAUUUACGAUCAAGUUUUUGAGCAGCUAUCUGUUCAUGAUCCCAAUAAAUUGGUCAUUCAGGACUGUCGUUUCUCUAUUGGUAGCAUCACCUUAUUUGGUGCUAAAUCUCUGAAUGCAUUGUCACAGGUGUUAAGAGGCUGUCAUCAUUCAGAAUCGUAUAAUCAAUUUAGAAACAUGUCCUAUGUUUCAGACACCUCUUCUUUACCUCAACGUGCCAAUUUCGCAUUCCACGCUAUGGAUCCCAGACAUCUCUCAAAUCCACGCAAAUUAAAAUGUGCAAAGCCAAAUGUAGACACAAUGCUGGAGUUACAAAAUAACUACCCUCAGGAUGAGAUUCUUGAAGUUUUGAAUAAACUCACGGAACCUGAAGGACGUGAAAAAUCCUAUAGGAAUCAGCAAACUUUGAAACAACUUGCUAUGAGACGCCACAAACUAUUGGGCGAUCUAAGAAGAAAGAACUUGAUCCCCUUCAAAGCAGACGUUGACUCUGAAAUCCCAUUGCUAAUUUGCAAGAAACCUCGCGAAAAUAGCUGGGUAGUGAUGUUGCCAUGGUUUUGGUUGUUACCUUUGUGGUAUCAAUUAAAUCGUGUAACUCGCGUUUAUCAUAUGGGCAUGCGUCAAAUCCAACAGCUCACAUAUGAAAAGCAUUUGCUAUAUUUCCCUGAUGAUUAUCCAUUCACAAGAGUCGGCCUUGACGAAAAUUCAACGUAUAAGAAGCUUUCGCAUAAGGCUGUAUGGGAGAGGAAACCCGCAGGGAAACGUGUGAACUUUGGGAAAAUACCCAACGUUCAUAUUGAGCAGCCAGUAGCAUUCCCAGGAGAGAUCGGAGACCCAUUUAGUUGUGAUUGGAAGCUGCUUCAAGUCUUAAGAAACGGAUUAGAAUUUUUAAAAUCGCAGGGAAUUGAGGACAUCGAAAUGUUUGAUGUAAACAGAACUACGCAAUUUGAUGAAAACAGUGUGAGGAAACUACAGUAUUUAAAUGACAUCAUAGAGUUAUAUCAGGAUGUGAGGCAAAAUGGUUCCGUCUGCACUCAUUUGCCAAUUACUGUCAUUACCAAAAGGCUUGAAUCAUGGUCUAAGGAACCUCUCGAUUUUGGCCAAGUUCCUCAAACUGCCGUCGUCACUUCAUCCGUACCUGUAAUUGCCAUCGAUUGUGAAUUUGAAGAAAGAGGGCAUCCCAAGGACAAUGCGCGCAUAUAUUCAAUUCCUGAGAAAGAUAGAAAAUAUUGGGAUUCCAUUGCAAGUGUUUUGAGUCGCUCCAAUGGCAAACGCAACCAUGAUACCGCCCAGCCAGUUCCUGGAAUUGAGAAUCUAAUUGGAUUUGUCACGAGCGGAACUUUUCAUCUCGGAAAUGGAAAGGGCUCGUGUACAGGCUUUAUCGAUGCAAAAGAGGCAAUUCUCUAUGAUUCUGAGUAUGUUCUGAUUAGAAAUGUUGGUACAAAUGUAUAUAGACUGGCAAAGUGGCGUCAGAUACUUUUGUAA